AUCCCGGCGUGCAACACCCUUUGGCCCGCCCAGUAUCCGCUCUCCCCUCCCCCUCCCCCUAGCAACACAACCAAGAUGGCGGCGCCCAGUAACGCGGAUCGUUCGCCCGGGAUAUCAAUGCAGUUAAAGAUCCCGAAGACCGAGGCCCCGUCACCGGAAUCACCAGAUCUGAGCGACGGAAAUCCGUACCACUCCAACCCAUCGACUCCUACCCGCUUUUCCCCUUUGAACUUGGGUACCCCAAGCUCUGCGAUCGCAGGCCGCGGUAGCUCGGCCUCCGCCUCCAACAGCUUUCCCGCCUGCAGAGGGAUGUCUUGGACACCGUCGGAAACGAACGCACUGAUCGCCGUUUGGGGCAACGAGCGACUGGCUGAGGCACGCAUGCAGCAGCUUGAAGGGGCUGGCACGGUGUUUUCGGGCAAGGCGCCAGGGCCUGCCAUGUAUGAACGGGUCUCCCGCGCCCUGGGUGAGCUUGGCUAUGAGAGAACGCCUUCUCAGUGUCGAGAACGAAUUAAGACCUUAAGACGAUGUUACAGUCGUGUCAAAGAACAUGGUAUUGGCAAACGGAAAAGCAGUUACUCAAUAGAGCAGCUGGAAAAGGUGUUUGGGCAGGGAGGUUGGGACUCACAAACCUGUCAACCUGUAUUAAUAAACAGCAGUGGUCUGUACCAGGAGAUGGAGUCUGAUGGGAGUACAAUGGAGGAUUACUCCCAAGAGGACUGGGUAAACCAAGAGCUACCAUCCUUCCAGGAGAAAGAGCUGGACACAGAGGAUUUGAGCUUUUCAAAAAAAAGAUCAGUGCAGCUUCGGCAAGAAUCUACAGAGGAACUCCAGAGGCAUGACAUCAUGCAGAACGUGGUGCGUAUCCUAGAGUCGGUGCAGCUCAAAUGGGAACAUUUCCAGACGUGGACUGAUUUUUCUCGGUUACAUCUCUCCAACAAGUUAGCCAUCUUUGGGGUGGGCUACAAUACUCGCUGGCGAGAGGAGAUUCGUUACCACUAUGCCGAGAUCAGCUCCCAGGUGCCUCUGGGAAAGCGCUUACGUGAGUACUUUAAUCCAGAGAAAAGUGAAGGGCGUGUCAUUAUGACCAAGGUGCAGAAAAUGAACUGGAAGAACGUCUAUUACAAAUUCCUGGACAUCACUAUCAGUGAAGCACGCUGCCUGGAGCUACACAUGGAAGUAGACUGGAUUCCUAUUGCCCACUCACGAGCAACAGGGAGCACCAAUAACGUGCAAUAUCUCCUUCCUGGAGGUAUCCCCAAGACUCAUGGCCUGUAUGCUGUAGGCUAUGAGCAGGCAUCCACCCCAUCUGCCUCGGAGUGUGGAGACAAUGAAGGUGAAACGGGUAGAUCCCCUGAGAAAGGGGAAAGCAGAGAACAUGCUGAAUCCUCUGUUCCCAAAGUGACUUACUGCUUCCUUGGCAUUGCUGAGGAUCGGACACUCCAGCAGUGCCUGUUUCAACACUUUCAGAACGGUGGUAAGUACUAUGGCAGAGGAGAGCCAUCAGCUGUCACCAAGUUCCUCACAGGGAACUGCAAUGCACAGCUGGAGGAAGGGGCAGCACCACCGAAAAACAUCUACAUUAAGUUCAUUGAGGUGGAACUGGAUUUUCUGUCUGCAGGAUCCUUAGUGGAAUGUUUGGAAAUAGCAAUUGGAUAUUCCUUAAAGUUCAACAAAUAGGGCCUGAGGUGUGGAAUAUUAGCUUCAGGAGUGCGACAAAGCCUUGCAGGAAGGCAACUUGUGUCACCUGUCUGGUUGCAGCUACACUGGCUCUCCUUGAGAGUUUUUUUUUUCUUUAUAAAAGAAGGGCAGUCCCACCCAAUGAGCACCAGGGAUGGGGUGAGAGGAACUGACUUAACUCAACCCACAGAGUUCCCUUCAUGGGAGCCUCUUGCUGCAACGCUGCCUUUUGGACCCAACAGUCUUCUUUUUAUUUUUUUAAAUUCAAUCUAAUACUUCAACCAGAGUGCCAGCAACAACAGAAACUGGAAAAAAACUGAAAAGCAAAUUAUGGACAGGCUGUGCUGGAGUUUUAGAUAGCAUACCAUGACAAAAUAAUGAGUGUCUAUUGCUUUGAUAUAUUAAUGUGAACAUUCCAGCAUUUCCAGACAUUUCAUAUAAAGAAUUGCUGUAAUAAAAUAUCUACUAUUAAUGUA